AUGUCGAACCCCUUCACCUCGCCGAGCUCGAGUACAACUGACAUGGAUCUCACCGUGCACUAUCUGGCGUGUAAAAGAGACGAAAUACCUCACGAGCUUCUGGAAAAUGCAUCGAAGCUAGUGAUCUACACUACCGAAGACGUCCGAUGGCACAAUCCUCGCCCACUGGACCUGUCCGUUUUUAACAUAGGGACUAACAUAUACCUCUGGAACCUUCCUCCGCCCGACGGCCUGCUUGUGGAGGAGCCCCAACUUACCCAGACGCGAAAGUGGGAUGCUUCUGCCACCAUUGAUCCCUCGGAAGACGAUUCUUGGAGUCUGGAACAGCUAGACCAAUUUCUUCACGGAGCGUUCUCUGUUUCCGACACUGAAUCAGAUGUGGAUUCCGUCCAUCACUCUGUCAAACGACCCCUCAGUCCAGAACGCCCCUCCGUUGCCCCUCCGUCUACCAAACGUGCACGUUUCGUCCAGUCUUCAUUGAGAUAUGUCAUACCUAUGCCACACUUCCUACAUUCUCAGCAGCACUUCGCGGACGAGUACCUUUCGUACUUCUCUGACGUUCCAUUGCCCUGUUAUCCGUACAGCCCUAUUCCACCUCACACACUUGAGGGCUGCAUAGAGAGCAUCGCGAGCCCAUACUCCAGAGUAGGCUGGAUCGUACCUGUUCGCGGCCAGCUACCAUGGGACGACGCUACCAAUGCCAACAUUCUGGAUGACACAAUGGAGGAGCCGAAGUCACUUUCUCUCACUCCUCAGGAUCCUUCCGAAGUUCUUCCGGUACCAGUGCAACCUCAUAACAGCAACACAGUCCUGUGGACACGUGCCGCUUUGGUCGCUUUCUGGAGUUUCUUACGGAGUCUCAGCGAUGCCGGGAACUUCGGGCCCAUUUCCCUUUCAUUUCACACCGCAUCAGCUGCGUCCUCUACGAAUUCCACCGUGGAAUACUCGUGCUUCGGUUCACACAAAGUCCAGACGGCGUCCUCGGCAUCAGCCCCAGCCCCUGAAAAUCGCUCUACUCUGCUGGCCAACACUCGUGUCGCGUUCCUCGCCAUCGACCACUUCAAGAUGUAUCACAAUAGGCAAUACUCUCAGAGCAUCCGAACGGCGCUACACUCCUGGUCCUAUCGUGGGCGAAAUGGGGACCAAAAGAUCCGAGUACUCAAAGGAGCAAAGCUGGUUUUAGUCGACGAGAACUCCAAAGGAGUUCUGUUGGGAUGA